AUGUAUUUAGAAAAACAACUAUUUAAUUCUGUUUUUAAUAAUAUAGUUAUACAAAAACCAAUAUUUCAAUAUGUUAAAUGGAUUCAUCAAAAGAUACAAAAGGACUCAUAUAAAUGGGAAAACUUUUCAAAAAUUCCUCGUUUACUAGUGGAUUACGGAUAUCACAAUCCACUACAAUCAUAUUUAGAAAAUUAUGAAUUCCCUCUAUCAGUAAAGGAAUAUUUCAUUGGAAUAUUAAUUUCUAUUCGAAAGAAUUCUCCUCAAACUCUAUCUAUUUUGCUUUCGCAAUAUAAGAUAAUGUUUGAAGUAUUUCCAACAAUACCUAAUAUGUUGGAUGUCAUCGAUCAAUACACAAAAUCAGAUUACAAAGAAGCUCUGGAAUUAGUUGGUCAAUAUGGAGGAGUUGAAUGUUUGGAGUGGUUGGUGAAAAAGAUAAACAAUAAUCAAGACAGUGUCUAUAGCGUGGUAGCCAAUCUUUCUGUAUAUUUCGGUCAGACAGAAAUCACCAAGUGGUUGCUACAAAACAUUCCAGAGUGCACCAAAGGAUCAAUAUUUUAUCUUGCAGUUACUGGAGGAAAGAAAUCAUCAUUGAAAUGGAUCCAUCCAGCACUAUCGUUGAAAGAAGACGCAUCCGAGAAGAAAGACCUUUCUGAGAUAUGGUAUAAUUAUUUUGGUGAAACAUCAGAGCCCGAAGAUUUCCAAUUAAAUUUAUCAAAAAACUAUAAAUUACAGUACAAAAAAGAAAAAACAAAAAAAUUAUUAGAUAUUUAA